AUGGCUACACCAAAUUCUUUUAGAUGUGUUUCCGAUAGAUUUGAUGUUGAUAAAGCAACAGCGUGGCGAAUUGUGCAAAGAGUAGUAAACGCUUUGUAUGAAAAUGUAUCACAAUUUAUUCGUUGGCCAACGAUGGAAGAGGCAGAGCAAACAAUGGAAAAAAUAAAACAAAAUUACGGGUUUCCAGGUGUCAUAGGUGCAAUAGAUGGCACUCAUAUAAAAAUUAUUGCACCGAAAGAUCAUGGUGAAUCGUAUAUUAAUAGAAAAGGAUAUCAUUCUAUUCAGUUGCAAGUUAUUUGUGAUGAAAAUUUAAAAUUUUUACACUGUUAUGGUGGACAGGUUGGGUCUGUACAUGACAAUCGUGUUUUUCGAUUGUCCAACUUUGAAACCUUGUGUACAGAUGAUAAUUUUCCUAAUGAUAGUCAUUUACUGGGAGAUGCAGCUUAUAGUAUUUCAAAGUAUAUAAUGGUACCGUUUAAAGAUAAUGGUCAUUUAUCUGAAAGGCAAAUAAAUUUUAAUAAACGCUUAUCUUCUGCGAGAAUGAUUGUUGAGCGAUUUUUAGGUUUAUUGAAAGGUCGUUUUCGUAGUAUCUUAGAUACUCUACCUAUGCAAAGGACGGAUUUGAUUCCAAAAUACAUAAUUGCCUGCUGCAUUUUACAUAAUAUUUGUAUAUUAAAUAAUGAUAUAAUUGAAACUCCUAUUAUUAUAAAUGAAUCUCACGUUAUACAAGAACAAUUAAGAACUGCAGACACUAAUGCACAAAACGAGGGCAUUGAGAAAAGAAAUGCUAUUAUGUAUUCUUUGUCAAAUAUUUUUUAAAUGUAUAUAAAAGACAAAAUAAUUUUAUAAUUA